GUCGAUUACGUGACACAGGCCGAGUCGGGAAAUCGGCCAGAAAUUGCACCGACUUGCGGAAGGCGAUCGUGUGCCCACCGAUUCUCCGAGCCGUUCCGGGGAUAAGCUAUCCGGGAAUUUUCAUCUCGGACGUCAUCAAUGACUCCGGAGAUGGGGCCAGAGGAUUAUUGCAUUUCGCCCUUGUCUUUCCCUUCAUCUCCCCCCCUCCAUGUCCUCAUCCAGUCACUUGUAGCUACAUCACACUCAUUGCCCAUGGUGCUCGACUGUUGAUCAUCACCGAUCCCCCCCAGCAUGUUGCGCAACGCCAUGCAAGGCCACUCAGCGCGCGCCACCAUGCGCUGCCGACACAGAACGCUCGCACCAUCGUUGCGAAGAUUACAAUCAGGUGGUCCUUUCCAGGCCAUGCGGCCGCCGUCGCCAGAGGAGCUUGGUGCCCCCCGGCGGGCGAAGGAAUACAGACGGGGACGGCGGUGGGCGCGGCGCUUGCUCUUGACAUGCGUCUUGGGAGGUACUAUUUAUCUCGGCGAUCGUCAGAUAUACGCAUCUGGUUUUGGCCGCUCUCUACAUACUUUCGGAACCGGCUUGCUCGUAGCCUUCGACUACAAGCUGAAUUUUCGACCCCAGCCUAUUACUGGCGGGACGGUGCAGGACUUGCAUAAUCGGAAUGCCGAGCGGCUGUUCAACCUUCUCCGUUCCAAUGGUGGACUUUAUCUCAAGAUCGGACAAGCCAUUGCAAUGCAGAGUGCCGUACUGCCCCCCGAAUUCCAAAAGAUGUUCAGCCGCAUGUUUGACGACGCACCGCAAGACGAUUGGAGUGACAUCGAAGCAGUGAUAAGACAAGAUUUUGGAAAAAGUGUCGAAGAGGUCUUUGGCGUCAGCUUCACAGGAAAGGAGGGAUUGGGAUUGAUGGAGCGCAAGGCUCGAGCGAGUGCAAGUGUUGCUCAAGUCCAUUGGGCCAGACUUGCGGAUGGUCGCGAAGUCGCUAUCAAAAUACAGAAACGGGAGAUUGCCAAGCAAAUAUCAUGGGAUCUAUGGGCCUUCAAGACCGUCGCAUGGAUCUAUUCCAAGUGGUUUGACCUCCCACUGUAUAAACUAGUCCCUUUCAUCACGGAGCGACUCGAGCUAGAGACUGAUUUCGUCAAUGAGGCCAAAAAUUCAGAAAAAAUGCGAGAGCUUGUUAAUGCAGAGAAAGCCUUGAAAGGGAGGGUAUACAUUCCUACAGUUUAUCCCGAAUUUACGACAAAGCGAGUUCUCGUGACCGAGUGGAUCGAGGGUGUGAGGCUUUGGGAUAAGAAAGCCAUAACAUCGAGAUGGCUUGGAGGGCAUGGCAAUGGAUCUCCUGGCGCUGGUCGCCCACUCCCGCAAAUUGAUCUUGAGGCUGCACGUAUUGAGCUUCGGACAAGGCCAUUUCAAGAGAACCUCAAGCCAGAACGUCAGGAAUUAUGGCGAGGCCGACGAGGUCGUGGGGGACUUGGUCUGUCAACGCGAGAAGUCAUGACGACCAUGGUGGACCUCUUUUCCGCACAGAUUUUCAAGUGGGGUGUUGUUCACUGUGAUCCGCACCCUGGCAACAUCUUUAUCAGACGUUUGCCCAAUGGGCGAGCAGAGCUUGUGCUUAUUGACCAUGGCCUCUAUGUGUACAUGUCAUCCAAGUUCAGAAAUGAAUACGCCACCUUCUGGAAAGCGCUCAUGACAUUCGACAAUAAAACAAUAUCACAGGUGACAGAAGCAUGGGGGAUCAAGGCGGCGGAUCUCUUCGCGAGCGCAACAUUACUGCGGCCGUACGAGGGUGGAGAUAAGCGCACGCAUAAUGGGAUAAUGAAAGAGCUCGAAGGCAAUACGCCGGCUGAGCGGCAUUACGCGAUGCAGAAGCGAAUGAAGCAGGGCAUUCGAGAGAUCCUGACAGAUGAAGAUAAGUGGCCACAAGAACUGAUUUUCAUCGGUCGCAAUAUGCGGAUCGUACAAGGCAACAACCAGUAUCUCGGAUCACCAGUCAACCGCGUCAAGAUGAUGGGCGAGUGGGCGAGCCGAAGUCUAUUCGAGGACCCCCAGUUGCCACUGAGCCAACGUCUUCAGAAUCGCUGGCGCCAUAUCAUCUUCAAGACUGUCAUGGUAGCCUCUGAUGUGGCCUUCUACGUCUUUAAGCUGCGCCAGUGGUUGGGUCUUGGAGGGGGAAUGGAGGAUGAAAUGGAAAAAAGAAUGAAGGAUGUCGCACAAGACUUUGGCAUCGAGCUUCAGCAUGAUGUUUUUGAAGGCUGAGCCAGUGCCACUGCAACAGGUCUGGUGGAAAUCUACACUACUCUGUACACAACAACUUAUGACGAAUUCCCCUUUUAUGUAACAAGAAUAUGUACAAUUCAUAUAGAUAGACGACGAUAGGCACUGCCUGGUAUUUAUUUCAUCAUGAGCUUGCCUAAGUCAACAGAUAGAACCCUCUCAAGAUCAGCAAACGAGUUCGAUAGCAUUCAGACCCUUGGACUCGAAUGCAUUGGUAUAGAAACUGUAUGGAAGCGAUGCAAAAAUAUCCCGUUGCAUGUUA